UUCCCAGCAACCCAAAAACAAAAGUUAGGUUAAAAACCCUUCAACUUCAGAAAAGUUACACAAACGAAACGAAAUUUUAAAAUAAAAUUAAAUUAAAUAAAAAUGAAUUUUUUGACUAUAAGAAAACUUCUACCCGUUUUCAAUAAUGUAAUAAUACGAACAAGUACAAUAUCCACAACUCCUGGACGUUUAUCAAAGGACCAAGAAGAUCAGCCAAAUUUCGACAUGGACAACCCAUUCGAAAAAGUCCAAAUGAAGUGCAUUCUCUGUAAACACAAUAUUCAAGUGGACUACAAAAAUGUUAAACUGCUAUCACAGUUUCAAUCGCCAUACACUGGAAGGAUAUAUGGAAGACACAUAACAGGCCUUUGUAAGACCCAACAGGAACUUGUCCAAAGUGAAAUUACUAAAGCACAAAGUGCUGGUUUGAUGGCCACUUAUUUAAAAGAGUCUUGCUUUUUGGAGGAUCCUCAGCUAUUUGAUACAGAGAAUCCUAUAAGACCUCACAAAUAUUAAUUACAUUGUAGAACUUUUAAAGUAAAAUGGUCAAGAAGUAAUCAAAAUGAGUAAAUGAGGAACAGAAAUAUGUAAAUACUAAAAAGGUUACUCUUUCAAUAUAUUAAAUUUGUAAUUUCAUUUUCAUAUUGACAAUAAUUCACACUGUAGUCAAACAAUCCUUAUCCAAUUUAGAUAUGAAAAUUGCCAACUGUUCACUGGAGAAAGACUUUUGAAAGUUUUUGAGAUAUCCCCUUUCAGAAUCACUAUGAUUACACAAUAUAACGCUAAUACCCUUUUGGGCAGCAUCCAACACAUCGUGAUGCAACAUUUCUCCUGUUAAGUACAAAUCAGCCUCGGUGCCUGCUAGUACUCCUGUUCCAGAGCCAGCACAAAGUGCCACAGUCGUUAUUGGAGAGUCUGAAAUUUUAAAUUAUUAGAUUAUGCCAUUUUUUGGACAGUCGUUCACCUAAAGUUUUGCCUUUCCCUAGACCUAGCCUCAAAUGAGGUAUUUCAAUGAGCUUCUUUACAGCAAUAAUGACUUGUUCCAAAGGUGUUGGUUCUUUGAGUAUCAAAAAACGACCCAUUCCAAUUGGUGAGUCUUCUGUUUUAGUUAAAAUAGGUUUACUAGAGGAAGUGGGUAAAAAUGAUCCUAGCCAAUCGUUUACACCAUUUUGCAUAGCAUCCCAUGAAGUAUGAGGGCUAAAUACUGCAAUAUUAUUCUUGAUACAUUG